ACCCUGGGGAUUUCCGUCUCGGGAGUCAGCACUAUCACUGCCAUCACCCCACGGAACCACUUCUAGAGGGGAGGAGACCCCGCCCUCCGCCGGGCAGAGAAGAUGUUGCCCCUGUCCAUCAAGGACGAUGAAUAUAAACCACCCAAGUUCAAUCUGUUCGGCAAGAUCUCGGGCUGGUUUAGGUCUAUCCUGUCGGACAAGACCUCCCGGAACCUGUUUUUCUUCCUGUGCCUGAACCUUUCUUUCGCUUUUGUGGAACUACUCUACGGCAUCUGGAGCAACUGCUUGGGCUUGAUUUCCGACUCUUUUCACAUGUUUUUCGAUAGCACUGCCAUUUUGGCUGGAUUGGCAGCUUCUGUUAUUUCAAAAUGGAGAGAUAAUGAUGCUUUCUCUUAUGGGUAUGUUAGAGCAGAAGUUCUGGCUGGCUUUGUCAAUGGUCUAUUUUUGAUCUUCACUGCUUUUUUUAUUUUCUCAGAAGGAGUUGAGAGAGCAUUAGCCCCUCCAGAUGUACACCAUGAGAGACUGCUACUUGUUUCAAUUCUUGGGUUUGUGGUAAACCUAAUAGGAAUAUUUGUUUUCAAGCAUGGAGGUCAUGGACAUUCUCAUGGCUCUGGCCAUGGACACAGUCAUUCCCUCUUUAAUGGUGCUCUGGAUCAGGCACCUGGCCAUGUAGAUCAUUGCCAUAGUCACGAAGUGAAACAUGGUGCUGCACAUAGCCAUGACCAUGCUCAUGGACAUGGGCACUUUCAUUCUCAUGAUGGUCCCUCCUUCAAAGAAACAGCAGGACCCAGCAGACAGAUUUUACAAGGUGUAUUUUUACACAUUCUAGCAGAUACACUUGGGAGUAUUGGUGUUAUUGCCUCUGCCAUCAUGAUGCAAAAUUUUGGUUUGAUGAUAGCAGAUCCUAUCUGUUCGAUCCUUAUAGCCAUGCUGAUAGUUGUAAGUGUUAUUCCUCUUUUAAGAGAGUCUGUUGGAAUAUUAAUGCAGAGAACUCCUCCCCUGUUGGAAAAUAUUCUGCCUCAGUGCUAUCAGAGGGUGCAGCAGUUGCAAGGAGUUUACAGUUUACAAGAACAGCACUUCUGGACUUUAUGUUCUGAUGUUUAUGUUGGAACCUUAAAAUUAGUAGUAGCACCCGAUGCUGAUGCCAGGUGGAUUUUAAGCCAAACACAUAAUAUUUUUACUCAGGCUGGAGUGAGACAGCUUUAUGUACAGAUUGACUUUGCGGCCAUGUAGUGAAUGAAAAGAAAUGAUCGUUUUUUUUGGACCGAAUUUUUCUGGUACUGUACAAUCCAAAACAUUGUACCCAGCUUUUCAAAAUAGAGAAAUCAUCACUACAGCUGCCCAGCACCAAGUAGACCAGGUAGAAUCAGCUGUUUGUGCUCUGCAGGGAGUUUACAGCUAAGGGAUCAGAGUUAAGAGGGUAUAUCUCCUGGACUUUUGGUCUUGUUUUUUGUGCUCUUCCUUCAAAACCAUUUUGAUUUCUGUUUCUCCUUUUGUUCCAGCAUGUUGGUUUGUCCUUUUCUCUUUAUGCCUUUCUUUUUCUUUUGUUUUUUUUCAUGCUGAAUGCCCUCACCCCUAGUCCCUCAUCCCAGCCAGUGAAAAAUUCAGAUUGUGGGCCUCCAGUCAUCUGGAAUGUCUUCACUGAAGUUGCUGGAAACCACUGCUUUCAUUCCCACAAAACCAGUGUUAUUUAAAAAGGAAAAAAAAGAAAUGGAAAUCUGUUAUAUAUGUAAUGUCACAAUUGUUGACGUUCUUCAGUGUAAUCAUACGUUUGUAAAAUUGUUUGUACCUUACAAACUUAUGAACCAAACCAUAUUGGGUUUUCAAAGUGCCUUUGUAUCAGGAAAAUGUAUUUGCCAGCAUAGAAAUGUACCAUCAAAGCCCAUGUAUUUGUUUUUUGUUAAAUGGUUAUUCUGUGAUCUGUGCAAAAUAAGACUCUUGCUAGUAAUGUAUACAGAUU